CUGGGAGCCAACAAGCUGCGCUCGGGCCUAACGCUGCUGGGCAUCGUCAUUGGCGUUGGCGCCGUCAUUUCGCUUAUGGCAAUAGGGCAGGGAGUACAGCAGUCCAUCACCUCCAACAUCGAGUCCCUGGGCAGCAACCUGAUUUUUGUUCAGCCCGGCAAUUCGAGCCAGGGCGGUGGCGCCGCCACACUGACCCUGCAGGAUGCUUAUGCCCUGGAUGACCCGGUGUUUGCCCCGGAGGUAAUGGCGGUAGCGCCGGAAAUUCGCGCAUCGGGGCAGGUUCCGGCGGGCCGCAACAACACUUUUGCCCAGAUCGUGGGUGUUACUCCCGAGUACACUGACGUUCGCAACUUUCCCGUGGAAAAUGGAAGUUUUAUCACCGAAGGCCACCUGGCAAACAACUCGCAGGUAGCCGUGCUGGGGCAGACCAUCAAUGAGACUCUCUUCGGCAACCGCGAUCCGCUGGGGCAGCCUAUUCGCAUUAACGGCCGCCAGUUCGAGGUGAUCGGGCUGCUGAAGAGCAAGGGCAGCGGUUUCUUUGGCAACUUCGACAACCAGAUACUGGUGCCCAUCACCACCGCCUACUACCGGAUUAGUUCCCAGCGCACCACCCAUGGCGAUAUCGGCGUCGAUUCCAUCAACGUUCAGAUGCCUGACAUCGAUGCCAUGGACUCGGGCAUGCGCCAGGUUGCCACGGUGCUCCGCCUGCGUCACCACAUAACCGGCGAGGACGACUUCAUCAUCACCAACCAGCGGGAUACCAUCGAGACCCUGGAGGAAACCACCAACACCUUUGUUGUGUUCCUGGCAGCUAUCGCCGGAAUAUCGCUGCUGGUGGGAGGCAUCGGCAUUAUGAACAUCAUGCUGGUGUCGGUAACGGAACGCACCCGGGAGAUUGGAAUUCGCAAGGCUAUGGGAGCCAAGCGGCGGGAUAUUCUGCUUCAGUUCGUUUCCGAGGCCACGCUGCUCAGCCUGGGUGGGGGAGCCGCCGGCGUCAUAAUUGGCGCCGCCGUGGCCCGGCUGCUCAAUGGCCGACCGCUACUGGGCAACAACCCGAUGCAAACAGCCUUCAGCUGGGACAUAGCUAUCCUGGCCCUGGGCGUGUCGGCGAUUAUUGGCUUGUUCUUCGGCAUAUAUCCCGCCGUCCGCGCUGCCCGUCUCCAUCCCAUAGAGGCCCUCCGGUACGAAUAA